AUGCUAUUUCACAAGGUCUUUCGGGGGCCCCUACCUCUUGUAAUUACAACUGUCUGUAUAAUUUUCUUUGGAAUUGGUAUUAUUAUUGGGCAUUUUGCAAUUCUUCAAUCGUCCACGAAAGUGAUAAACAGUCAAAAUGAGUGGAAGACAAAAGCAAAUGAUGAAUCAUUGGAGAAAGAUUAUUUUGUAAAUUUUGUAGAAAAGUUCUUACGUUCAGUCGAUCGAAAUAAAAUACGACAAAACCUCGAGUAUUAUUCUCAACGCACACAUUUGGCUGGCACGGACGACGAUUACAAAGAAGCCCUUUACAUUUCACAGAAAUGGCGUGACGAUGGACUUAGUGUAACAAUUCAUCCAUAUCAAGGCUUAUUAUCCUAUCCACAUCAAACACAGCCAAAUAUAGUAUCGAUUUUCAAUGGGAAUGGUGAUAUCAUAUAUCGCACAAAUGGUUCUGAAUUGACGUAUUCACAAGACGAACAUCUUCCUGUAAAACAAAUAGUUAAACCAUUCUUAGCUUUUACUCCAAAUGGCACUGUUCAAUUCGCAGAACAACACGGUGCAAUUGGAGUCAUUUUGUUCAGUGAUCCAGUAGAUUUUGCACCCUUAGGAACCACAGACGAAAGAGUUUAUCCAAAUUCAUUUUAUAUGCCAGAUAUGGGUAUACAACGUGGCUCAGCUUAUUUGGGAAGUGGUGACAUUUUAACACAGAAUUAUCCGGCAACGGAUCGAUACGUUAUAGUUGGAAAUCAUUUUGACUCUUGGACAUUUGGAAGUAUUGAUGAUGGAUCCGGAAUGGCGAUUAGUUUUGAAUUAGUGCGCAUAUUUGGAAUAUGGUUGAAAGCAGGUUGGAGACCAAAACGAAGUAUUGUUUUCUGCGCAUUUGGAGCAGAGGAAUAUAGUACGAUUGGCUCAAUGGAAUGGGUUCAGGUAGCGAAAUCCUCAUUUUAA